AUGGAGGCUAUCUCAUGGUCCAACAACGGCACGCAAGCGGAAACCAUCUCUCCCUCCAACCCAUUGACCAAGGGCGAUUUCCCCGGAUCCUUCGAAGCAUGGCGUCCAUAUGCGACCGGGCUAGGCACAGUCGCACUCUUUCUUUUUGGAUUGGGCCUGUUCUACGACCACAUCGAGCGGCGGGGAAGUAAACAUGUGAUCUUGGGUGACUGCGGGUGGUGGCUCCGCCGGACCAUGAUGACCAAGUUCAACCUGGAUCCGAACAAUGUUGUUUUUGAUGGCUACAAGCGGUACACCAAGCAGGAUAAGAUAUGGGCGACGUGGAUCAACGACGAGCUGAUCCAUAUUUUGCCACCCAAGUUCUUCGACGAUAUCAAGAAUCAGCCGCUGCAGAAACUUUCCUUUCUCAAGCACUUCAUGUGGAACCUGCACGUCGGCGACAUGGUGUGCCAGAGAGACUACGUCAAAGCGGUGAAAUCGCAGCUGAAUUUCAGCCUCCGUAAGAUGGAAUUUCAUCUCAAGGACUAA